UGUCGUUCCGGUUAGUAUACUCUAAAACUUUGCAAAAUGAAGGUUCUUUCGCUCUUAUUGCUGGCCGCGCUGAUGGCCACAGUGGCCGCCAAGCCACAUGGUGGCUGGAAGGGAAGUGUUUCGGGCCACUGGAGGAUCAGCGGCGAAAGACCGAGAGCCAACGAAUGGGAACACCACAUUAGGGCUAAACACGACAGAAGCGACGAAUCUUCGAAGGAAAACUCAUCAGAGGAGGUCCCUGCUGCUCCGGAAAAGCCUCAAGUCUCAACCACACAGUCUCCUGGAGAGCCAGAGGAUUCCACUACUGAAACGACACAGGCCCCAGAUGACUCCACAACGGAUGCCGACGAGGAAACCACUGCUGGUUCCGAAAGCCCCGAAGACUCUACCACCCAAUCACCAGAAGAGCCGGAGGAUUCCACCACUGACUCCGACGAGGAAACCACUGAUGGUUCCGAAAGCCCCGAAGACUCUACCACACAAUCACCGGAAGAGCCAGAGGAUUCCACCACUGACUCGGAGGAGGGAAGCGGCUCGUCAGAGGAAACCACUCAAUCUCCCGAAGAGCCGGAGGAAUCCACCACUGACUCCCAGGAGGGAAGCGGAUCUACACUCGCCAUUGUCGCAGUCUGAAGAGCCUUGGGGUUGAAGGAUUCAAUGUUUUCAAUAACUCUAAGCUUCUGGGCAUGACUAGAGUAAAUGUUCUAGCCCUAGUUUUACGAAAUACCAAAAUGAACCUCCUAUGACAAUAAUAUUUGGCGGAUGUUCUCUGAAAUAUAUUUAAUUACAAACUUA